AUGAGAAUAGCAGUAAAUAUUGCUGCUAGCUUUGCGAUUGAAGAUGAGAAGAAUGUAGUGACUAAUGCAGAUGAAAAAGAAACCAUAGGUGAACAUGAGUUCAUUUGCAGUCAAGCCAUACUCAUUCUCAUAGAAGAAGUGCUCAAGCCUAUAAGAGAACCAUCU